GCACGAUAAUUAAAGCCCCGUGCUUCGUCCCCAACGAUAAAACCCUAGUAAACAGCGGCACCUUCAAACCCUAGUCCUCCACUCGCUCCUCCUCCUCCUCCUCCUCCUCCUCCUACUCCUACUCGUCCCCUUCGAGAUCACCCCGUGAAGCCGAAACAUGGUGUUUAAACGUUACGUCGAGAUCGGGCGCGUGGCACUCGUCAAUUACGGGAAAGAAUAUGGGAAACUCGUCGUCAUCGUCGAUGUUAUCGACCAGAAUCGAGCUCUAGUUGAUGCCCCUGACAUGGUGCGAGGUCAAAUGAACUUCAAGAGGCUUUCGCUAACCGAUAUUAAGAUCGACAUUCCACGGAUCCCAAAGAAGAAGUCCUUGAUUGCUGCCAUGGAAGCUGCUGAUGUGAAGAAUAAGUGGGAGAGCAGCAGCUGGGGUAGGAAGCUGAUUGUCCAGAAGAGGAGAGCUUCUCUAAAUGAUUUUGAUAGGUUCAAGGUCAUGUUGGCGAAGAUCAAGAGGGGAGGUGUUACGAGGCAAGAGUUGGCAAAACUCAAAAAGCAGAACACAGCUUGAAAUUCCUUGUACUAGAUUGGCGUAUUUUGCGAGAAAAUCCGUUACCAGUUCCAUCUGUUGCCUUUUUAAUUCUCUCAGUAGGAAACAGAGUGAAACUUAGGGGGACAAGGGCCCUCAUUUUUUGAGACAUUUUUCUUAAUUUGAAUGAACUUCAGCAGAGAUUGAAUUACA